AAUGUGUUGUCGCGAGCGUUGUCAUUGCGCUAUCUAGUUGUUGUUAGAUUGAAAUUUCUUUAAAUUUUAUGAGUUCACGUAUGUAACGCUUCUCAAAUAGCAGCUUAUCUUGCUAAACGACUACAUGGCGAACAAGAAUUUUUAUGAUAUUUUGAACGUACGUAAGGACGCUAGCCCUGAUGAAAUUAAGCGGGCUUUUAGAAACCUUGCGAAGCAGUAUCAUCCUGAUAAAAAUCCAGCUCCGGACGCCAAGGAAAAAUUCGCGCAGUUGAAAGAAGCUCACGAUGUUCUAAGCAAUCCUACGAAGCGACAUGAGUACGAUGAGGCGAAGAGAAGAGGUUACAAUUAUAGUAGCGACGACAAUACGUCAAUGCCAAACACGGAACACUUUCGGGAUUUUUUCGAACAUUUAUUCCCUGGCUUUGCAGAUGACUUCACUAGGAGCGGAACACACGAGCGGUUCUCUGAGAAUAUGCGGAAGAGUAAUUCUAAUAGUUUCAGAGCCCGCGAACAAAGUAAAGAACAAAACUCAUCGAGGAACGUAGAGUACGAUAGAACAGGCUUCAGGUUUGGCCCUUCAAAACGAAAACCAGACUGGACUCAAAACAGCAGCUUUUGUUCAUCAUUUGACUCGGACGAUGAACCGAACAUAUCGACAAAACGGUGCCGUUCAGAACCCAGCAAGAAUUCAAACACAACUUCAAGUGGUAGCUCUUUGCCAAAAGAUGCUGCUAUUGAGAAACAUUUAGAAGUGACUCUUGAGGAUAUAUCAACAGGAAAUUUGAGAAAACUAAAAAUUAAGCGAAAGAUUUUCGAUGAACGUGGAAACUAUACGGUGGAAGAAAAGCUUAUUGAAAUUACUAUCAAACCCGGGUGGAAAGCCGGUACUAAGGUAACCUUUCCCGGUCUCGGAGAUAAACACCCCGGGAGAGAACCAGCAGAUAUCACAUUUAUUAUAAAAGACAAACAACACGCCUUAUUCAGUAGAGACAGUGAUAACAAUUUGUUACAUACGGCGAACGUUUCGUUAAAGAAGGCUUUACUGGGGGUGUCAUAUUGUAUACAGGGGCUAAACGGUAAAAGACACGACAUAAAUAUACGAGAUAUUGUUCAUCCAGGCUAUAUCAAACGUUAUACCGGGGAAGGCCUCCCGUUACCGAAGACACCCUCGAAAAGUGGAGAUUUAAUUGUGACUUUUAACAUACAGUUUCCUUCGUAUCUCUCGUGGGAUCAACGGAGAGUUCUUUCUGAUUGUCUACCUAAUUAGCUAAAUCUUUCAAUCCAUUAAUUUUAUUGUGUACUGUAUAAAAAAAAAUUAUUUAUUUGAAGCUCUGAAAAAAGAAAUUAUUAAUAAAAAUCCACAAAACUACACACGGUAUUGCAUUGUUCUUUGUGCGACUCUUUUCUUGUCUCUACCUACCGCCAAGUCCCAAAUAUAUCUUGAGAAUCUUAUGUUCCUUGAUUUCAGCUUUUUUUUAAAAGGGGAAGUUUCGAAUAUUGAUUUGAAGAGGUCAUAUUUCAAAUAUUCUUUUUCUACUUCGCAUGAUUGCUUGAUAUUGUACUGGUGCUCUAUACAGUAUACAUAUUAUUUUACAUUUGCUUCCACGUAUUUGUAUGCCGUUACACCCGUUCGAACCAUACUAAUUUAUCCAAAUUCAAAGCACCAAAAUGACAAGAUGCUCAAACAGUGACCCUGAUUUCCUGAACCCAGCAAAGGUUUGUCAGAUUUACUGUGUGAUGAACUUCGAAGUUUUCAUCUACCCUAUAUUAGUUGAUUCACAUAAACCUUUUAAUGCCUCAAAACUCAAUUGGAUAAUUAUAAGGACAAAAAAUGUACUGUUGUAACGUUUGGAUGGGUUGGUCAACCAAA